AUGGCACAUGACGAGUCAGGUGGCGUGAGGGCUUUGGUCCGUUAUACAGCUGGCAUGGCUGAAUUAGCCAUUCAUGCUGGUCAUCCAGACAGAAAACAUAAUGAAUAUUUGCCAUAUCCCGAUGAAAAUUUUAAUGAAACUGUUGAUCAACGUCUUCAACGAGCCAAUAAAUUUACUAUUGAACAUAUACAUAAUCGUGGAGGCCAAGCAUUUGUUCCUAAUCUUACCGUUAUUGUAAAAUCCAUAACUGCUGACAGAACUUACGCUGGUUUUACAGAAUUUCUCAAUCCUUAUUUAUACUGUAUAACAGUUGAGCAUGGUCGUUUUGAAUGGUGUAUUUACAAGCGUUAUCGACAUUUUCAUGAUUUACAUAAAGCACUACUUCAAUCGGUUCUAAUAGAAACGAAAAGAUCAAGAAGUGAUUUAGAAAAUAGAAUGCAAGAGGAAAAUAAUGAAAAUCCAUGUUUUCCAACAAGAAAUGAUAGGAUGGCAUUUAUUAAUGAUGGUAUUAUUCGAGAGCGUUGUGAAAUUCUGAUCGAAUAUCUUAAUAAAGUUUUGAAACAUCCAAAAUUUCGUUCACAUUCAGCAACGCGUGAAUUUUUCGGUGUAAGUUGUUUAUCAUUUGUCUAUGGUAUAUCAGUUAGUCGAAAAGAAGGCUAUCUAUUGAAACGAUCUCACGAUGAUUAUCUUGGUCGACAUACUUUCUGUCUUUUUCGAUUUUGUCCUGAUUCAUGUAAAUGUCAUCAUGAUCGAAAAUGGUUCGCUAUUAAAGAUACUUAUUUAACUUAUUUACGAACUGAUACACAUGAAUUACGUUUUCCGAUGUUAGUUGAUCGUGGUUUUCAAAUUUCAACUGGCCUUCGUAAUGCAGCUACAUAUCGUGGUGUCAGAAUAGAAAAUUUACAGCGUACAUUAGUGAUUAAAUGUCGAACAACACGGGAUUGUGAUGAAUGGAAACAACAUUUAUUAGAUUUAAUUGAGAAAGCAAAAAGUUUUGUCAAUGGAACAGCAAGUCGAUUUAAUUCAUAUGCACCUAAACGAGAAAAACAAUUAGCUUAUUGGUUUAUCAAUGGUAAAUCAUAUAUGGAAGCUAUUGCUAAGGCACUUUUAACAGCGAAAGAAGAAGUUUUUAUCACUGAUUGGUGGCUUUCACCUGAAAUCAUGUUGAUAAGACCUUCUGAUGAUGAAACAUUUCGACUUGAUAAUAUAUUAGCACGAAUAGCUGAUGCAGGCGUUCGUGUUUAUGUAAUGAUUUAUAAAGAAAUGUCAUUUGCUGUUAGUUUAAAUAGUGCAUACACAAAGCGAGUAUUAAAUUCGAAAAAUAACAGAGGAUUUAUCAAAGUUAUACGACAUCCUGAUCACUAUCCUAAUGGUGGAGUAUUAUUUUGGUCUCAUCACGAAAAAAUGGUUGUUAUUGAUCAAAAAAUUGCCUUCGUCGGUGGAAUUGAUCUUUGCUACGGCCGUUGGGAUGAUGACUUUAUGCGUCUUGUCGAUUUGGGAGAAGACAAUGAUCGAACGUUAAAAUUACCAUAUGAAUUGACCGCACACAAAGCAGCGUCGAAUGAUAUAACACUGAUAGAAACAGCACAACAAGCUAGCACACGAAUGGUUGAGCAAGCUGGCGUAAUAUCUAGUAAAAGAAAUGAUCUUUUGAGAGCAGCAUUUAGUGGUUCGAAUAAAGCAGGUAAAGAUAUUAAGUUGGCCGGACAAACUCAGUCGAGUGGAAAAGAACACAAAAUGAAAAACGUAACUAAAAAAUGGAUGGAUUCAAAAAAAAAAGGAGAAAGACCAACAUCAUCCAAUCGGAGAGCAGUCAAGGAUGACGUCGAAGCUGCGAUACGUCCAGAAAAAUAUGCUCGGAAAUGGAUGAAAUUAGCUCAAAAAGCUAGAAAACAUGCUGAUGACUCUGAUGACUAUGAAGACAUCGAAGAUUUACAACCUGCUUGUGAUCCAACACCUACCAUCGACAGAAAGCAUCGAUUUUUUAUAGGGAAAGAUUAUUCGAAUGCAUACGAAAAAGAUUUUGAAGCUUUAGAUAAAUACAGCGAAGAUUAUAUUGCAAGAGAUUCGGUACCUCGCAUGCCCUGGCAUGACGAAGCACUUGUUGUUUUUGGAUCAGUAGCUCGAGACGUUGCCAGACACUUUAUUCAACGAUGGAAUAUUCAUAAAUGUGAAAAAAGUUUGGAAAAUGAUAAUUAUCCAUUUUUAUUACCAAAGUCUUAUGAUGAUACAGAAGACUUAAAUGUCAGAAACUGGAAAGAUUUUCUUGAAAGUAAACCUUUUCACGUAGAUGCUCAAUGUGUUCGUUCGGUUGGGCCAUGGUCAAUAGGAACCAAAAGUGUCGAACAUUCUAUUCAAAAUGCUUAUAUACAAAUGAUUGAUGCUGCUAAACAUUUUAUAUAUAUUGAAAAUCAAUUUUUUAUAACUAUUUCUCAAGAUUCACAAGUCCGAAACCAAUUAGCUGAUACUCUUUUUAGACGAAUAGAACGAGCGCAUCAACUCCAUGAAAAAUUUCGUAUUUAUGUUGUGCUUCCUUUAUUACCUGGCUUUGAUAAUAUCAAUGCUGUGCAAGCAGUACUCUUUUUUAUUAUGCGUUCGAUAACCAAGGGUGAUAGUUCACUGUUGAAACGGCUUGAAAGAGCAGGUAUCCCAGCAGAUGAUUACAUUAGUUUUUUUGGUAUGCGUAAUCACGAUAUUCUUAUGGGUCGUUUGGUGAGCGAAAUAAUAUAUGUACAUUCGAAACUGAUGAUCGUUGAUGAUCAUAUGGCUAUAUGUGGUAGUGCAAACAUAAAUGAUCGCUCAUUGCUUGGUCAACGCGAUAGUGAAUUCUGUAUGGUAAUAAAUGACCGUGAAGAAGAAAAAGGUCAAUUUAAUGGAAAGGAAGUUCUUGUAGGAAAAUUUUGUUCUAGUUGGAGGAAACGUCUUUUCGCAAUGUUAUUAGGUAUUCUAUGCGAGAAUCCAAAUGAUAUUGAUGUAGCUGAUCCGGUAUCGGAUGAGUUCUAUCAUUAUUUUCGUGAUGUAGCAAGAAAAAAUACACUCAUCUAUGAAGAAGUUUUUGCUACACUACCUACUGAUCGUGUGAAGGAAUUCAGUCAAGUUGACUCAUAUACUCAAGCGCCAAAGAUGCAAGAUACUGAUCCAUUACAAGCACAGCAAAAGUUGAAAGGCAUUCAAGGUCUUGUUGUCGCAUACCCACUAUACUUUCUUGACAACGAAGAUUAUUUACCAAGUUUAAGAACUCCUGAAGGUUUGGUUCCAAACAUUACAUGGACAUAG